UGGCUACAUUGAAGUCUGAGCAGGCAGAAAACAAGAGCAGAAAAAUACAUCGCGCUGCAUCGCGCUGGCUACCGCGUUGUAUUUUAGACUAUCGCCACACGUCAAACCACAGGUUUUGUGUGUUGACAGGUGACACUUCCUCGCAAGGACAAUUUUGAUACCCGGCUCCCCAGUGCUUACGUUAAAUUUUACCAUUCUGCAAUAUACAAACAUCCGCUAGAUUAUUUGAAGAUGUUGUCGAUGGAGAGAAUACCUGAGCAAAUCGGUUAUUUGGUAUUAAAAGAGGACGGGGCGGUACUCACGUCGGGUGGAGAGCUGGAAAACGACGAGAGAAUUGCAAACAUUAUCAUGAGCCUGAUCACUCUGACCGACACGAUCGAUCCCAAGGCGUUUGCGUCCGAUGAAACAUUCAACAAAAUAUCCAUAACCUACGAAGAUCACUGCUACGUCAUAUGCCUGUCAAACAAGAAGGUUCACAUUGUUAAGAAGAAGAUAACCGCGUUGACCUCAUCUCAAGAACAGCAGCAGCAGCACCUGCCAGUGAUUGCCUGAUGAGUCAAAUAUUGCUUAUCGAAGUAAUUACAAGGAACAUAUGUUAAGUUGAAAUAUAAAAAUGAGACAUGUAAUAAAGCAAAGAUCGCAAAUGUGAA